AUGACAACGUCAAUAGGAGACUCCACUGAGGAUGAUUUUUCAGGCUUUACUGAUACUACUGUUGUACCGACGACAACUUCAAUAGGAGACUCCACUGACAAUGACUUUCAGGGGUUUACUGAUACUACUGUUGUACCGACGACAACUUCAAUAGGAGACUCCACUAAGAAUGCUGAAAGAGAUCCCUGUUCUGAGCUCAACUGUACUAAAGAUGAAAGAUGUGGAGAGAUGAACGGUGUUUACGGCUGUUUCUGCAAUGAGAACCAAACCAGAUCUGAUCCUGACUCUUUUGAUUUCUUUGAAACCUGUGAAAGCAGUACAGGAUCUAUAUCUAUAUCUCGCUGUCAGCUCUUUGAAGCUGGUUUUUCAGCUGAUGGCCUGCACCUCAAUGAUCCCAGCUGCAGAGGAAUCAUCCAGAACGGCCGAGUGGAGUUUAGUUUUGAUAACAAUGGACACAACUGUGGUACAAAUCUUGUGGCCAAUGGCACUCAUAUCAUCUAUGAGAACUUUAUUUUGGGAGCACCAGGGUCAUCUGAAGGUCUCAUCAGCAGAGAGAGAAAUCUUCUGAUAUCUUUCAGCUGUGUUUACCCCCAAAACCAAACACUUUCUAUGAUAGAAAUCAACCCACUGGAGAGUGUUGUGCACAAGAAUCUUGCUGGUCAUGGGAUGUAUCAGGUCCGAAUGAUCCCAUAUCAUGAUGUUGGGUUUUCUCGGCCCUUCAAUGGUAGUGUGACUGCAGAACUCAACCAGGAGAUUUUUGUUGAGGUUCGUGUUGAUGGGGUUGACAGUCGACAGUUGGUGACAGUGAUUGACACAUGUUGGGCUACACCUGUGAAUGAUCCAGAUUACAGUCUGCGCUGGGAUCUCAUCACUGGAGAGUGUCCAAAUCCACAUGAUAACACAGUGAAGCUUCUUCAGAAUGGUGUCUCAACAUCCAGCCGUUUCUCCUUCAGGAUGUUCAUCUUCAACUCAAACUCCACUAAAGUUUACCUGCACUGUGCUGUUCAUCUUUGUCUGGCAAACAAUCACUGCUCAGCGCACUGUGCCUCUGGAAAUCACCAAAGGGUCAGCAGGUCUCUGGACUUCCAUGACAGCUCUUCUAUAUCCAUGGGUCCUUUCGUCUGGUCUGAUGGAAAUGCAGACAAAUGGGCUCCAGAAUUAGCGCUAGAGUCCGGAGCUCCAGGUCUGAGUGGUUGUUUGAUGAUACUGUUGGUUUCACUCCUGAGUGCCUGCACCAUCUUCUAGGACGUCUACACAAUUCACAAUUUCUAAUUUUAAGAGUUUCUAUACUAUAGCUUAACAUUUACUAACACACCAAUGAAGGAUUAGCACUGUACUUGUUUUUAUGAA